AUGUCAUACGCAUCAAAAGCUGCCGAAUCAGGUCCAACAGGAAGUGAAAAACUACCAACUCCACCACAAGUUAAACAAACUUCAGAUCCAUCUGGUAGCGUUGAAACAGUUGCAGAAGAUGCAAAGAAAUCAGCAUUAGGUGGGAAAGCUGUAGUUGAAGAAAAAGUUGAAGAUUUGAAAAAGGAUUUACCAAAAUUAGGGGAAGAAGCUAAAAAAGCUGAAAGAGAAGCUGAAAAGAGAGUAAAGAAAGCUUAUGAAGAUAACAAAGGUCCAGUGUUAAACUUCAUCAGAAAUGUCAGUGAAAAAGUUACACAAGGUGUUGAUUAUGUUUUUGGUAAAGCAUCUUCAGGGGCUGCCACAGCUCAAGAAGAAUUAAAGAAUCCAGUUGUUGCUACACAAACCGUUGUUAGUAUUGGUGCUAUUUCAGCUGCUAUUGUUGCUAUUCAAGACCGUCAACGUAUCUUUAGAUUCAAAUCUGAUAAUGAAAUCAGUUUAUUAUUAGCUGCUGUUGCAGGUUUUGCAAUCUUAGAUGGUUACCUAUUCUCUGUCUUUUAUCCAAAAUAUAAAAAGAAUUAG